AUGCCUCCCAAGAAAGCUUCCACCACCGCGACCAAGAAGGCUGCCGGUCCUGCCCACGCCUCCUACCGUGAUAUGAUUAAGGAUGCUAUCCUGAACCUGAAAGAGCGCAACGGUAGCAGCCGCCAGUCCAUCAAGAAAUAUGUGCAGGCCAACAACAAGAUCUCGUCUGCUUCUACCGCCGCCUUUGACAGCCAGUUCAACAAGGCUAUCAAGACCGGUGUCGAGAAGGGUGACUUCACCCAGCCCAAGGGUCCCUCUGGUCCCGUGAAGCUCGCCAAGAAGGAGCCUGCUCCCAAGCCUGCUGCUAAGAAAACCGCUGCUGCCAAGCCCGGUCCCAAGAAGGCCGCUGCUAAGAAGACCGAGAAGACCGAGAAGACCGAGAAGACUGAGAAGGCCGACAAGCCCAAGACCACCAAGAAGAGCACCACCUCCAGCAGCACCACUACCACCACCAAGAAGCCCGUUGGCCGCCCCAAGGCCAACACCGCCAAGCCCCGCAAGGCCUCCACCACUGCCCCCGCCGUUGUCGACCAGCCCAAGGUCCUCGGGACAACCAAGUCGGGCCGGGUGACGAAGACGACGGCCAAGCCUGCCGAAAAGGCCAAGAAAGCGGCUCCCAAGAAGAAGGCCACUUGA